UCAUCGUGGAGAGUCCGUGAUUAGCAAGCGCUUGUGAAAUCCUUGCCGUCAAAUUCAAGCGACAAGGAUGGGAUUUUGAAUUUCAAAAAAGACGACAGUUUAAAACUCAAUAAGACCCGCUUAGCGUCUGAAAGCCGGGUAACGUUCAAGACGUUGAAGAUCGAUCAAGCAGAGCAUUGUCAUGGAGAGCGCAAAAAUUCCCAUGCGAGGUAAAGUUAAAGAUGCCGAAGCUGAGGCAUUGCUAAAAUUGCUUCGACGAGAAAAGGAGUUUAAUGAUCGGUUCUCGGCGCCGCAAAUUCAUCAGAGGACUCCUUUACCCGCAAUAGGAGGCAGUGGUAACAACACCGAGACACAACAAAUUACAAGUUGCGACAGAACAAAUGGAGCAUUCCUGACACAAACAUUUGAGAAUGAAACUGGCUUCUCCAAUUCCGACAUUGGGCAUAGCAAGGAGUUGGUUAAUGACUCAAAAUAUUUAUGGUCAUCAAAACCAGACGUGAACAGUAAUUCUCAACCUCCUUCGUCUUCAAAAGAGUUCUACAUUCCCCCGUUCACGUGGAAAGGAGAGCAAAGUUCGUGCUACUCCAAACACGAACGACAAAGACAUGGACGAACUUUGCCACCCCUUGAAAUACCCGUUAGUCCCUAUUCUUACCUUCCCGAACGUCCCUCGUGUCCUAGACCAGAAUCACCGAAGUUCUGGGAGGAUUAAUUUAACUUCGAUUGGAAACUUUCAACCCGUGCAGACGGUGAGCUUGGGUUAACAAACCUUGACGUGUUCAAAUGUGUUUUCCCGAUGUGGAACAAGUUUGUAAUAUGCCUGCUCUUUUGGCGAAUGUGUCAAGUUCAAUUUCCAUCUUUGAAUAGAAAAUUCCGCUGGAUAGAUCUCAGCGCUACAACAUAGUGUGAAGUUAAUAAGAGUUCAUUGCGACAUUCUUUAAGAAGCAAACUCUCGUUGAAGGAAAGGGAAGGAAAACACCGCUGGGUGUAAUUUCGCAUAUCGUCUUAUGGAUCUUUCAAACAUCUGUACAUAGAUACAUUGAUACCUUAUCAUACGAUAAGAAAGUCAUAUGUUGUGCGCCUCAAGAAGUUAAUUAGCUUUCUUGGUCGGUACAAUUCAAAACUAAUCCAAUUGUUGGAUAACGUAGUGACAUAAAAACAUGGAGAACUGUGGUUGGCAAAGAACUCUCACUGGGUUUUGGAGUUUCGUGGGCUGAAAUCAAUAUGACUUUAGCAAUCUUCCUCUGGACACUUUUACUUGUAACAAUGAAUUCAGAUGUCAAGAUCUGGGUUAUGAAAUUUGUGGUUACAAGGAUUUUGAACAUGAAACGAUUGACACUAAUUCCCAAGAACAACAAAACCCGAUAAAAAACCCUCAAACUCAAGUACUUGGAACCAACGGGUUCGCGAGUUUCCACGGCGACGUGAUCUUAUUUUUAAACUAAUUUUCUGGGAUUGAUGACUAACAGUGUCAACCGCAAAGUAACAGGAAACUAAAAUAACAGGUACAAUUUGUCACAAGACAAUUCACGCGGCCAUCCAUCUUAAAAUAAAAGUUACGACCUUGCUUUGGUCUCUCUUCAAAACAUCAAGGGGGAAAGUUGAAUCAGUCGCAACGGUAGUUUGAGUUCAAAGUGGUUAACUUCGCUAACUUUCUGCUAAUGUGAAACUAUAUCCCCAAUAAACGGUCAUUCAUUUCAUUUGCUAUUCUUGUUUCCCAGCACGAUUUUACGAAUGUUUACUUUAUUCGAAGGGAAACAAUUGGAUAUUUUUUCACUAAAAGGGUUCGAUGGUUGGCGCAAGUUACGAACGCUGCACGUAAGGUAGUUAAAAACAAAACAAACAAAAGUUGAAACAAGGAAUAAAAGAGUCGAAAACUAUAAAAGACUUUCAAAAUGUGGGUUCUUCUUUCAGUUUUGAAGUCGUGUUUGUGUUACGAGUUUCGUAUGUUAAUCGACCU